UAUAUUAAAAAAAAAAAAAAAAUUUGUUUUCUUAGGUUAAUGUUUGUUGAAUAAGAAUGACAUACGUUCCGGGUAGGCAACUUUGACACACAUUUAAAAUUACAUUCACCAGUCAACACCAACAACAUAGGCAUAUUUAUAUUUUUAAUUAAAAUCAUCUAAUCAUACCUAUAUAAUUUUAAAUAAAUAAUAUUAUCAAAGCUAAAUAUUUGAGGUUAUAAAAACUCCACCUUGAAAUCAAAUAAACAUAUUUAUAUAUUAUAUCAUCUAGAAGUAAAUAAAUAUAACAAUUUUAAAAAACAUUAUUUUCUUGUCAAUAAAUAAUUACUAAGUGUGUGUGUUGUGUCAAUAUUUUAAAACAAAUUAUUUAAUAAAAUAUUAGUGUUAUUAAUGAUGCCUUCAACAAAAUCAUUUACCGUUGCUGUCAUAUGCUCCAGCAAUAUGAAUCGUAGCAUGGAAGCCCAUGCCUUCCUCAGUAAAAAAGGAUACAAUGUCAAGUCAUAUGGUACUGGUGACAAAGUCAAGCUACCUGGAAGUGGUCCAGACAGACCAAAUGUCUAUGAAUUUGGUACAACAUAUGAUGAAAUUUACAACGAUCUUUUAACCAAAGAUAAACAAUUAUAUACACAAAUGGGUUUACUUCACAUGCUGGAUAGAAAUAGAAGAAUAAAACCAAGACCAGAAAGAUUUCAAUUAACCAAAGAAAAAUUUGAAUUAUUAAUAACAUGUGAGGAACGUGUUUAUGAUCAAGUUAUUGAAUGCAUGGAAGCAAGAACACCAGUUGACAAUCAACCAGUUCAUUUAAUAAACAUUGACAUUCAGGAUAAUCAUGAAGAGGCAACUGUUGGAUCAUUUCUUAUUUGUGAAUUAGUUGACUUGCUAGCUAAUUCUGAUGAUUUGGACAAUGACAUUGACAGUCUUUUAUACGAAUUUGAAUCUACUAAAUUUGGAAGAACAAUGUUGCACACUAUUCUUUUUUAUUAAUAAAAAAAAGAAAAAAAUAAACAAAUGAAGAAAAAAGAUAUAUAUUUAUCAAGGACACACAAAAGCUUUCUUUGCUAUUGUUUUAUUUGUUUUUUAAAUUUUUUUUCUCAGAUUUAACGACGAAUUAUUUAUCUGGGUAAAAUCAUAAUUUCGUGAAUUGAUAAAUGAGUAAUAAUUGUACAUAGAAAGAGAAAAAGAAAAAAAAAAAAGAAUU